AUGUCAGCAGCUCGCUCACAGCCUCCAGCGCUGGAACCAUAUCUGAACCUCCCUCCAGAAAUAUCCCUCACAUUAUUGACUGGAACACUCGGCUUCACAGCAACAUUUCUCGCUUCCCGCUACGUCGGCAGCGUCUUACAUUCUACAAAUGAAGAAGUAGCGGAUGAUGAUGCGGCUGUGCUCCUCGUGAGCUGGAUGCGGGAUGCUGCGUUUUGGAAAAAUGAGAUUCGUAGGGGAACAGGCUUGGACGUUUCCCGUCAAUCUCAACUCGGCAAAUUUGCUUUUGUAGACUGCUUCAGCAAUAAUGCAGGAUGCACACUUGUAGAAGCAGAGAAGAGUGUACUGGCUGCACUAUCUCGAUUAUCAAAGCCACCACAAUCUGAAGGUCGAUUCAAGAAAAUUACACUCCUACUGGAUUCCCCAGAUAUCCUAUUAGCCACUUCGACCACCACCGCAGCAGCCUUGAGCAAAUUCCUCCUAACUCUCAGAAGUCAGGAGCAUGUUCAGAAUACAAUCCUAUCUCUCUCGGCGGACUCCCCGUUUUUGUCCGCUGCUGUACCGGGCUCUACGGACUCGGCUCCAACUCCAAUUGAAGUCGAGACGGCUGCAUUCAUCACAUCGCAAGCGCAUGCAGCUCAAUUGGUGUUGAGUGUACGUGGGCUUGAUACCGGCGCCGCGACAGAUGUUAGCGGGGUGUUGCGAGCUACGAGAGGUGGUGAUUGUGGUGACGAAGUCGAGAUUCAAGAAGGCGAGCUUUUGUAUCUCAUGCAGCGGGAUGGGAAUGUCAAGGUGUUUGAGCGGGGAAGUGGAUGA